ACAAGCCAGUGGCGGGUUCGCGCAUGCGCAAUUCAUUUGCAGUCUGGGCGCGGAGAGAUAAACAUCUGCUCUGACUGCAGCUGGAUGGGACUGCUGCGUGAGGACUGUUCGCCUGUGACUGCUUUGAGACGGCAGAGGAGCCCACGGCAGCGCCCGCUGCUCGGUGAGAAGAUUCCGAGGCUCUUAUGUGAUCAUCUGUGUUGGAAGAUCCCUACUAGUGUCCUGCAUUGGGACUGGGAUCCCGCGGGACCCAACGGAGAUCUCGCGGGAGCGGGCGGUUUUAAGGUUGACGCGGGCGGCUAAAAAUGGACAGCGGGUCCAAAGACUUUUGGCAGGAUUGAGAAUUGUAUCCGUUAAUGGAUCUGCGGGUCUGGGCAGGAUUGGACAGAAAUAUUGCGAGAGUGACAGACACGGUCAGCAGAAGCGGACAGUAAUGAGCUCUGUUCGCCAGUAGCUGGAACGUGAAGGGGAAGCGUGAGUACAUUAUCCCAGGCAUUUCCCCGGAAGCCAUGAAGCUGAUCAUCGAGUACGCCUACGCGCACUCUCUGGUUGUCACGCCUGACAACGUGGAGAGCCUCCUGGUGGCCGCUGAUCAGUUUAACAUCCCAAGCAUCAUGCAGCACUGCAGCAACUUCCUGCAGGACCAGCUCUGCCUUGAAAACUGUGUUGGCAUUUUUAUAAUCGCCGACAUCUACCACCUCAGCGAGCUGCGGGAGUCUGUAUUUUGCAAUGUCUUGAGGAACUUCAAGGAGAUCGCCAGCUCCUCGGAGGAUUUCCUACAGCUCACUCUAGAGCAACUUGAUGACAUUAUCGAAAAAGAUGAGCUGAACGUUAGCCAGGAGGAGGUGGUGUUUGAGGCCAUCCUCCGAUGGAUCGCACAUGAGCCUUCCAGCCGCAAUGGCCACAUUGCUGUGCUGUUGCCCAAGGUCCGGUUGGCUCUAAUGAAUGAAGAGUACUUAAUGAGGAAUGUGAUAAACAAUGAUCUUGUAAAGGCCAGUAAGGAGUGCAGGCGCAUUGUCAGCGACGCCUUGAAGCCCGUGUACGACCUGGACAUCACCGGUCCACCCCGGUCUGACUUUGAAAACCCGCUGACCCGGCCACGCCUGCCAUCCGAAAUUUUGUUGGCCAUUGGUGGCUGGACUGAAAACCCAGCCAGUCAAAUCACGGCAUAUGACACCCGAGCCGAUCCCUGGGCAGAUAUGACGUUGGAGCACGAGACCCCCUGUCCUACCAUGGGUCAGUCUAUUUAUAUGGAUUUGUUUAUUUCAUUGGGGGGACUGACGGAUUAG